AGCUGAGCUAAAAACCCAGUUUGGAUUUUGGUCUGAGGGGAGAGCUGAAGGGAAAUCCAAACUGUCCUUUUUGGUGCAUCUGAAUGAAGCAGCUGCCUGUGUAAACUGGAGAUCCAUAUCCCCUCACUCCUGUGAAUUCUAGAGGGAGUAGCUGAUGGAAGAAAAGGCCAGGCACCGAAAGAACGCCGAAAAGGGCACCACAGCCCGGAGCGAAUCUGAUGCUGGUCCAGAUGCUGGUUCUGGAGGGGGUGGAGUAGCACUGAAGAAAGAGAUUGGUUUGGUCAGUGCUUGCGGCAUCAUUGUAGGAAACAUUAUUGGCUCAGGAAUUUUUGUCUCACCAAAGGGUGUCCUGGAGAAUUCUGGCUCUGUGGGCCUUGCUUUGAUUAUAUGGAUUAUAACAGGGCUCAUCACAGCUGUGGGUGCACUGUGUUACGCUGAACUUGGAGUUACUAUCCCUAAAUCUGGAGGUGACUACUCUUAUGUCAAAGACAUCUUUGGAGGCCUGGCUGGGUUCCUAAGGCUGUGGAUUGCUGUGCUAGUAAUCUACCCCACCAACCAGGCCGUCAUUGCUCUCACCUUCUCCAAUUAUGUGCUGCAGCCACUCUUCCCCACCUGUUUUCCUCCAGAGUCUGGGCUCCGACUCCUGGCUGGAGUCUGCUUACUGCUGCUCACAUGGGUCAACUGCGCAAGCGUGCGAUGGGCCACCCGAGUACAGGAUAUCUUCACAGCUGGAAAGCUCUUGGCCCUGGGCCUGAUUAUUAUCAUGGGGAUUGUGCAGAUCUGCAAAGGACAGUACUUCUGGCUGGAGCCCAAAAACGCAUUUGAAAAUUUCCAAAAGCCGGACAUCGGCCUCAUUGCACUGGCUUUCCUUCAGGGCUCCUUUGCCUAUGGAGGCUGGAACUUCCUUAAUUAUGUGACAGAGGAACUGGUUGAUCCCUACAAGAACCUUCCUCGAGCUAUUUUCAUCUCCAUCCCACUGGUCACGUUUGUCUAUGUCUUUGCCAACAUUGCUUAUGUCACUGCGAUGUCACCCCAGGAGCUGCUGGCCUCCAAUGCUGUUGCUGUGACCUUUGGAGAGAAGCUUCUCGGGGUCAUGGCCUGGAUCAUGCCCAUUUCUGUCGCUCUGUCCACGUUUGGUGGAGUCAAUGGAUCUCUCUUCACAUCCUCCAGACUAUUCUUUGCCGGAGCCCGGGAAGGCCACCUGCCCAGUGUGCUGGCUAUGAUCCAUAUAAAACGUUGUACUCCCAUCCCUGCUCUCCUCUUCACGUGUCUCUCCACCCUGCUGAUGCUGGUGACCAGUGACAUAUAUACACUCAUCAACUAUGUAGGCUUCAUUAAUUACUUAUUCUACGGUGUCACAAUCGCUGGGCAAAUUGUCCUGCGCUGGAAGCAACCUAAUAUCGCCCGCCCCAUCAAGAUACACCUGAUAUUUCCUGUCAUCUACCUGCUGUUCUGGGCCUUCCUACUGGUCUUUAGUCUGUGGUCAGAGCCUGUGGUUUGUGGCACUGGCCUGGCUAUCAUGAUGACAGGUAUCCCUGUCUACUUUCUCGGUGUGUACUGGCAGCACAAACCCCAGUGUUUCAAUGACUUCAUAGCAUCCCUAACCUUGGUGAGCCAGAAGCUGUGUGUGGUCGUAUAUCCCCAGGUGGAUGAGAGCCCAUCGAAAGAGGAAGAAUCUAUUGAUGAUAUGAAAGAACAGAGCCAGCCCAUCUACAAAUCCACUGGCCCCAAUGGGCCGGAGUCAACCGAUUCAUCCCGACCCUGAUUCUGAGUGGCUUGUCUCUGAGCUUCUCUGACUUUGAUUCCCCACCCUUCAUCCCUUCCUUUGCUCAACCUCCUUCUUUACCCUCACCCCAAAACUAUUCUCAGGCAGGAGCAGUCAGAGAGGUACAGGAGGGAAAUGAUAACCAGUUUAAUUUGUACCCAAACAACCAGCCACAGACUGCUAGGGUCUAUGUAGGAAUAUCAUUCAUUCAUCAGUGCUGCUGUCCCUAGGGAGGGGAACUGCCCCCUCAGAUGUUUAGGGGUGAGGGAGUCUAGCCAAGGGACACCUCCUCUACCCAGACCCCAACUAUAGGAGUGAGGGCCGUCCGGGGGUAAAUCCUGGUGCCAACAAGUAUGCAAAAAUCCCCUGUAAGCAGCAUCCUCAGGAAACAAGUUUGGUAUUGCAUUCUCUUUUUCCCUUCCAAGCCUAAGAACAGAGGCCUGAGUUGAAAGGAGGAACAGAUCAGACAUGGAAGCCAGAGGUCUCUGAGGGAAGGGGAAUUGAUGGCAGCAGCAGCUUGUGAGCCUAUCACAGGGUGCAGGAGUCUCAGAAAAGGAAGGAGACAGGUGUUUUCCCCACACACCCAUCGUCUUGUUGUCUCACUGGUGGCUCCUUGCCAGGCAUGUACAAAUUCCCUCUAGGGUUAAGGACCAACAAAGGAUGAGCACUGCCUCUUCUUCCCCAUCUCUCCCUUCCCCCAACACACACACACCACUGUACUGUUCCCUGUAUCCUACCCCCUAGUUCGGUGCCAAAGCUUUCUAGACCCAGAGAAGCUUGUUUCCUGGUUGGUUUCAUAGAGGUGGCUUUUUUUUUUUUUUUUUUGCUAGCAACAGGGUUUAGCAGCUCCUCUCCCCACCUUGGGACUGCCCUUAGUGGGAAGGAGAUGUUUUGGUAAUUAUCACCAGUAUUUACCCUUCUCUGUCCCCCAAGGUCCCAUCCCCAACUCCAUCUCUCAGUGCUGCCAUUUUUUCAGAGUUACACUAUAUCUCUCUUCCCUGGGGUAGGGCGUCUCCCCUCUGAGCUACCGUAGUCCCCAGAUUGGAAUCUGGGCUGGGCCAACUUCUUCCAUCAUCUUCCACACCAGGGUCAGGGCAUAAAUCUUCCCAUUUUUCUCUCUUAGGACAUCCUUCUUUCCCUGCUGGAGCUACCUACUUCUUACUGGGGAUCUCAUUCUACAAUCUUAAGACAAGAGUACCAGAGAAGUAGGGCUUCGGGAGGAGUAUGUCCUGAGGUGAGUGAGGGCCAGUGCCAUCUUAUUUUCCCCUUUUCUUUCCAAGCAACCCUCAUGCUGGGGCUCUCUUCCCCUACAAAUACACUCCUAUCCAGACAGUGCCUCCUCUCCCCUCCUCCUUCCCUUCAGGACUUAUUUCCAAAGAUAGGACAUACCACUAAUCUAAGAGACAAAGAGGACUUUUAUGAGGGAGGAUGGAAGCUAGCUUAGAGAGAUAAUGUCAGAAAAGCCUAUCUGAUAACUUUAUCUACUUUCUUCUCCCUUACUAUGGAAGAAAGGAGUUCCUCUGGCUGGCUAACCAAGAUAAUAAGUCCUCAUUAUGUCUUGACAGAUAGAAUGAAUGUCUCAUAGUUGGUUUUCCAUGUGUUUCAUAGAAAUAGGAUGUUGGUCCUUUGUCAUAAGGCUAAUUUUUAACCUCUUCAACCACCAUAGCUGUGCAGCUAAAGAUGGUGGGUCCACGGAAUUUGGAUCCCCACAAAGCUUUCUGAGAUCUGUUAAUUCCUUCCUUGCUCUCCAAACUUUGUCCCUUCCCACGCAUCACCACAUAGACCUGGAGCUAGGAAACCUACCUUCUCCCAAUACUCCUUCUGGCUCCUUUUUUAAAUCUCCUCAGUUCACUCUUAAGGACUGGGAAUUCCAAGGACAGCUCUAUUUCUCUUUCCCCUCUACCUUUAACCCCUAGCCUGCCUUAGAUCACCAUCUCUACCCCACUGCCUCAUAUGAUUAAUUAAUCAAGGCCCAGAUUUUGAUAAAGAGAAAGCAGCCAAGGUGCAGGGGUCAACCCCUUCCUAUUGAGCCUCCUUUGUCAACCCGUUCCUCUACUUGUAUUGUCGAUUUUUUUGUAAAGUGGAUGCCUUACUUUUUGGAUAAAUAUUUUUGAAGCUGGCAUUUCUAUUUCUUUUGUUUUUUAAAAUGUUUUCAGAUAUUUUUUUCUGGGUUAGACAAGAAAGCCUGGAUUAUGAUCUUCUUGUAUCUUUGGGUUGUUUGGGUUUUAGGUUUGGUUGUAUUUGUUUAUUUUUGAUGUAAUAAAUUUUUUAAA